AUGCCGACGUAUCGCAUCGAAAUUUCCCCAAACAAUCGCGCUGCUUGUAAAGGCAGCCCAGACUGUAAAGAAAAUAAAACCAAGUUAUUGAAGGGCGAGAUUCGCUUCGGAACAUGGGUUGAGAUCAAUGAGCAUGGCAGCUGGGCAUGGCGCCAUUGGGGUUGUGUCACGCCGCAAGUCCUGGUAGGACUUAAAGAAACCUGCGAGGGCGACAUGAACCUUGUAGAUGGCCAUGAGGAACUAGACAGUGAAAUGCAACAAAAAGUCGAGCGCGCUAUAAAGCAAGGCCACGUUGAUGAUGAGGACUGGAAGGGCGAUCCCGAGUUCAAUCGUCAGGGCAUGAAGGGUUACGCAUCCCGUAAAAAGAAGGCUUCCAAGAACACCGAGGAUGACGACAAGUCUGGAGAACCUGAGAAGCCUGCCACGAGAACGACAUCCAAGAAGCGCCGCAAGGCUGAUGAAGAGGAACCCGAAGAGGAGAAAGCAUCGACUGCAAAGAAGUCUCGUACGAAGACGACCGUCAAAGCGGAGGGUGGAGGUGAGGAUGCAAAGAGGUCACGCUCCUAUAAAGCUGGCAAAGCAAAGGAAGAAGAAGACGCUAGAGAGGUUUCUGCGGACGGUUUUAAGAAAACACUGAAGUCAAAGAUUGCCAAUGGGACCGGCUCACUUUCUUCGCCUCCCAAGAAGUCCAUGGGUGUCAAGAAGACUAUCAAAAAAGCACCCAAGACAGAGGCUGGUGAAGACGUGGAAUCAAUCUCGCCCUCUGCGAAGAAGUCCAAGGUUGUCAAGAAGACUUCCAAGAGGGUCCUGAGAGAUGGGCCUGAUUCUGAAGCUGAAGUGGACCCACCACAAAAGAAGUAUUAAUCACUCUGUUUCGUCACCUCUUUUUCUAACAUCACGUAUAGGAGAAGAGCAAAGAGAGGCUGAACACGACUUGAGUCAUGCAGGAAGCAUCGGCGGAUUAGAAUUAUUCAACACGCUGCCCCAUGUGUUUGUCAAUUUGUAAGUUUACAGUGACAACUUACACGAGAUUACACGAGAGGCGUGAAAGAACCAUGGUUUAUGCGGGAAUUUACGUCUACCCUAUAGAAAAGGACAGGCGCCUACGGAUCGAAGAAAAC